AUGAUAAGUGAAGAGGACAAUCAAAUUGCAAAUUUAUUCAAUUUCAGUCCCGCAAAGAAAAAUAAGGGGAUGAUUAAGGAUUUGCUGAAACAACAAAAGAAUCGUUUACAUCAUCGCAGUUAUGUCCUGAAAUCCUUGGCUUCUCAAAUAGUUUUGCUCUCAAUGUACUUGACUCUUCUUUCAACAGGGCUGUUGUUGAUUUUCCAUGAAAAGCAUCCAUUAUUCACCAGCACUGAAUUGUUCAAAGAAAUUAUCGAAGGGGAAGAUAUAUAUUCGGAAAUGAAGAACAGCACACACAUCUUAUAUGUCAAGGAAUUAAUCACCGGUAUUGCCAUUUCGAUCAUUCUCAUGAUUUCUAUACCAAAAACUUUCUAUUUUGGGGUAUCGAUAUCAGAAGGUCUCAUGCUAUCGAGUGUUCUAAUAAUACAAAGUGUACUUUUGGGAGCUUCAGCUACCUUUCUUGCCGUAGAUGUUUUACGAUUCCCGAAUGAUAAAAUAGGCUUGAUUGAUCCUUAUAUAGAGUCUUACGAACGUAUUUUCAAUACCGCACUGGAAACACCGGACAUGUUGAUAGCGGGUAAGAGUGCCAAAGAUCAUAUGUGGUCGAUCUCAAAUAGAUUGAAAUGCUGCGGGAUUGAUCGACAGCAAUGGCAAAAUGAGAUGACACGCGAGAUAAAUACAAGAGUGUUAUUCAGCUAUAACUACACAAAUGAAGUAAUAGAAAAUCAGGAGAUCUUACCAGCAUUUUGUUGCAAGAACAAGUCUAUGCAAUGCUUGACCAUCAGUAAAUCUAAGCAAAUCAGACAUAAGGAGGACUACAUUUGGAAAGAACCAUGUGCAUCUAACUUAGUCAUGACGUUUUUAAAACAGAUUACUAGCGUUAUAUAUGCUUCAUGUAUGAUUAUCGUAAUCUGUUGUGUGUAUACGAUACAACUGCUGAAAUGGAAAGCUGAAGCUACAAUUCGAAAAAAAGCCGCUCGCGGUAUUCUAAAGAUCUGA